AUGGCUACCGUAAAGUUUGCGGUUGUUGAUGCCAAUGAUUAUCUUUCCAAAAAACAAGCCUCUGAUCCCGAAUUAGCAGCAGACUGGGCUAAAUUAGAGGAAUUGUACAAUAAAAAGCUAUGGCAUCAACUUACAUUAAAAUUAAUGGAUUUCGUGAAACAUCCUUCACUUCAAAGCGACGACAAUUUAAUACAGCUAUACAACAACUUUAUUACAAUAUUUGAGAACAAGAUUAACCCUCUGUCCCUGGUGGAAAUUAUCGCUCACAUUGUCCAACAGUACACAGACAAGAAACAAGCCGUGGCAUUCCUGGAGAAAGUUGAAGCUAAAGUAAAGAUGAAUGAUGAGGCACUUGCACUAUGUAAAGUCCUGCAAGGUCAGAUCUACCUGGAACAUCUGGACGACUUAGACUCAACUGAGAAGAUCAUAGAACAAUUAGAGAACACUCUGGAAGACGCCGAUGGAGUCACUCCCGUGCAUGGAAGAUUCUACAAACUUGCUUCUGAGUAUUAUAGGGCGCGCGGGCCGCUGGCGCGCUACUACCGCGCGGCGCUGCGGCACGUGGGCUGCGCGGGCGGCGGCGCCGCGCUGGCGCCGGCCGAGCGCCGCCGCGCCGCGCGCGACCUGGCGCUGGCCGCCGUGCUCGCGCCCACCGUCUACGACCUCGGCGAGCUGCUGGCGCACCCCAUCCUGGAGUCGCUGGAGGGCACGGAGGACGCGUGGGCGCGCGAGCUGGUGCGCGCCGUGGCCGCCGGCGACGUGCAGGCCUUCGAGAGCAUACGUGCGCAGGCGCCGCACCAGGAGCUGCACCGCGCCGACCGACAGCUGCGCCAGAAGAUCGCCAUCCUCUGUCUCAUGGAGAUGGCGUUCAGCCGCGGCGCGAGCGCGCGCCGGCUGACGUUCGCGGAGAUCGCGGCGGAGGCGCGCGUGCCGGCGCCCGACGUCGAGCUGCUCGUCAUGAAGGCGCUCGCCGACAACCUCAUCCGGGGGCACAUCGACCAGGUGAGCGGCACGGUGGAGGUGCGGUGGGUGCGCGCGCGCGCGCUGGGCCGCGGCGGCGCGGGCGCGCUGGCGCGGCGCCUGGACGCGUGGCGCUCCUCCGCCGCCGCCGCGCAGCGCCUGCUGCACCACGCCGCGCCCGACCUGCUCACGCUC